AUUGUCUGAUUGUUCUUGAUUGCUCACCACCUCUAUAAGUGUGCUUGAACACUUUAUACCCCGUCUUAGUGACCAAUGCUGGCUGUCUUAAGCUUCGGCGUGAUAAUUCUUCAUAACUUUACACUUGUUUAAUUUGAUAAUGAUUGGAUUCAAACCAGAACCUCUGGAAACCUCAUCUAGAACGAGCAGGACAAAAAAACCUACCGCUUCAGACACGUCUCCUACACCACAUGAGCCGGCUACCAACGUCCCAUCUUGGGAAUUUGCAGUUGACGAUCAUAUCAGACAGCAUAACCCCACUAUACAGUCUGCAAAAACACGUCGAGUGCUACCACAGCCCGAAGAGACUUUUUCUAGGUCCUCUAAAAAGAAUAGAUUAAGAGUGGACGAAGAUGUCAACGACAGGACAGCAUCUCACCAUUCCCAUGAAAUCCAAACCACGGAACAAUCAUUACCAAAUACAACCUCUAAACAGGGAUCAAAUGAAGAUCGGAGGGCAGGAAAACCUAUGAGAAGGUUUCAUCCUGAACCCAUUGAGCUGAUGAAACGCACCAGAAUGCGGCCAGUCAGAGGAAUGCCUGAAUCUAGUACUGCUCCACGAGACGCUCCCAGGAAAUUUACUCCCCAACUAAUCGAAACGGAGAAACGUUCCUUUCGUAGAGCUGGUUCUUUACAUGACGACGUUUCUAGCUCUUCGGAUAGUUCUUCCUACUUCACGGAUCGAUCUCAACCCAGUCCGCUUUCUGAAAUAUCGGAUAGCCCUAUACUUGCUCAGGAACAUACACCUUCAAUCCCAACGGAAUCUCGAUUCUCUUAUGCGAGCCUACUGCAGCGACAAGAGGGCAGGCAGCACUCUUUUCGGGUGCCAGACCUACCUGCCAUUCCCUCAAAUAGUAGCGAAGAUUCUGACGACUCAGACUUACAUUCACUAUCAACCUCUCCAUCUACAUCAUCUCAAGAUGGCACAAGGCUGUCAACGAGGAGAAAUCAAUCCAGGGAAAGCUGCGAUGAGCGGUUUUCUAGCUAUCUACUGUCACUCGCAGCCCAGUGCGCUGAGAAGCAAUUUCGGGACCAAGCUCUGGCUGCAUUUCCCAAUGAGCAGAUCCACCAACCUGUCUCCCAUUUUGCUAUAGAUGGGGAUGAAGAUUCUGAUAACGAGGAUGGAAACGUUAUUGCCUUCCCUGUACAUAGGUCAAAACGUCCUAUUUUUCGGCGCGAAUCUACAACUGAUCUACCCUGGGAGCUAGAGGAGAUGCGUCGACAUAAAGAGGAGGCUGAAUCUAAAGAUCAUGGAAAGCAAAACAAUGAAGAACGUGAAUCAAGGUUUUCGGCUGCUGCCAUUGCAGCUAGACAACCAGCAAAUCAUGAACAGAGACCUUUUCUAGGAGGUUGGCAGAAAGACCCCGAUUUAGCGAAAAUGCGACACGCUGCUAGCCCACCAAUGCUAGGCUAUGAUAUUGUUUUCCCAAUGAGCACGUCUCCUCAGGGGACAACAUGCGAGGAUGAUGAUGGAUCUAACUCCAUUCAAGAUUCAGGGAAAACAUGUCAUGGCAAAUUAACAGGCCUUUGGACUAAUGAUCAAUACAGUGGAAAUGAAGAGGGGAUAGGGUUGUGGAUGGGCCUGUGCCGGAAGGACGAAGAGCCUAAUAUGCUGAACCCGUCUAUGAUGAGGCCUGGGAUUGUCACUCCCAGGACAGAUAUUGAUGGCGAGUCUUAUCUCAGCUUGAAUCAUGCGGCAAAUUCCAGUGCCAAUACGCAACUGAUUGGAACACCCUCGGAUAACAAGUCUUCCUUCGAUCAUAUAGACAAGAUGCUGGGGCUUGAGAAGGAGAUAGAACUCGAGUUGAAUGACGGCUUUGUCUCUCAGGUCUAUAAUUACUUGUCUCUUGGGUACCCAUCUCUGGCACGUUAUUACGACCAUGAACUAAGUAAGAUAUCGGGAGUCUCCAUCGAAGAUCUUCGAAAGGAUGAUCUCCAUACGGACCCUAUGGGUUAUGUUGGGGUACCUGAUCGCUCAGGUGCGGAAAAAGACAAAACGAGCUUUGACAAAUGCAUACGAUGGUCAGCAUUGCGACUAUACAUACAAGAAUGGGCCAGGCAACGGCCGGAGAUGGCUGGUAGCAACAACAGUCUGGAUGCAUGGGGUGUUCGAGAACGGAGGGGCAGUUGGGCAAUUUAAUGUGCAUGCUCCUCGGCGCAUGUAAUAGUUUUGCUAUCGGGUACUGUGAUAGAUUUGCGAGUCGUUGAAGUUUGGACUGAUACAUUGGUAUAUAGAUUUGAAGUAAAAAAUAAUGACCUUAUGAUUAUUGCAACCUGAGUGUCUUGCUUUAUGUUGUAUGGUAUUUAUGUAAGUGGGAAUGUUGACAGUGUGCAAAAUAUGAUAUUAUGAACU